AUGAAAUUGGUUUUACAUCAUAGUGGGUACCUUAUUGAUAGUGAUGGUGGGCGUAGGAGUUACUUUGGGGGUAAAGUAGAUGUGUUUGAUACUGUUGAGGUUGAUACAUUUUUUGUCCCUAAGCUGAUGUUUAUGGUCAAGAAGGUUUCAUCUGAGGAAGAAUUACUAACCCCUGAAGAAUCUGAUAAGGAGGGCAAUGAAAAGCCAAAGUACCCUGAAUUUAGGUCUAAGGUUGAUAUAGCUAAUAUUGAAUUUAAAAUUGGAAUGUUGUUUAAUAAUGCCAUUGAAUUUAAAAAUUUUGUGAGUGAAUAUGCAGUUAAAGGGGGCUAUGAUGUCAAAUUCACAAAAAGUGAGACAUGGAAGGUUCAAGUGAACUGUAGUGAUGGGUGUGAGUGGAAGCUUUAUGCAUCUAAGAUGACUGAAGAGAACACAUUACAGAUUAAGACAUACAAACUUACACAUACUUGCAACAGAACUUACAAGAACAGACAAGUAACUAGUUCAUUUUUAGCAUCUAAGUAUGUAAACAAAUUCAGGACCAACCCUACUUGGAAAAUAAAUGAGUUCAAGGACACUAUGAAAGAUGGUUGUGUUGUAGAAGUAUUCAAAAUGAAAUGUUAUAGAGCUAAGAAACAAGCAUUGUUGCAAAUUGAGGGAACCAAUGCUGAACAAUAUACAAAACAGUGGGAUUAUGCUGCUGAGUUGAUAAGGACCAAUCCAGGUACAAGAGUUUACAUCAAUCACAAGUGCAGAGCAUGGACCUUCAUCACUGAUCAACAAAAGGGACUGGUUCCAACUCUUGAAGAAAUGUGCCCUGAAGCUAGAGAUAGAUCCAUCCUCACCAUGUUAGAGUGGAUUGGGAGGGCUUUGAUGGGGAGGCUAUAUAAAUGUAGCGACAAAAUGAUCAAGUACCAAAGGCCAAUCUGUGCAAACAUACAAACUAAGAUUAAGAAGGCAAAGCUAAAAUCUGGAGUAUGGAUACCUACUUGGUCAGGUGGUGCUCAAUUUGAAGUUAGAUAUGGAGUAAAUGGUUAUGUUGUCAACUUAGAGAAUAGGACGUGCACUUGUUUCAAGUGGGAUCUAACUGGAAUCACUUAUCCUCAUGUUGUGGCUGUUAUUUUCUUUCAAAAAGAGAGAGUUAAGGAUUAUGUGCAUGUGGCUUUCAAAAAAGAGACCUACUUGAGAACUUAUGAGGCACUCAUAAAUUCAUUAAAUGGGCCAGAUCAGUGGCCUAAGAUAGGUUGUGACCCUUUACUUCCUUUUAAGCUGAAAAGCCCAGUUGGUAGCCCUCAAAAGCAAAGAAUUAGAGACCUAUAUGAACCUAAGGACCCAUUCAGGUUGUAG